AUGUUUCAUGAAUCUUCGGAACAUAUUUACCCGAAGUGCCAAAAAAAUGGCGGCUUAAAUAUUCCUCGAAAAUAUAACAUCGACUCCUUUGGUUCAACAUCAUACUCGAUUGACUUUGCGAAAAAAGAAGGAAGGCCGGCGUUGCCCAGGCCUUGCUCCGUUACCAGGCGAAAUAGGCCACACCCAUCACAGGUAAAACUAAGGGUAAGGUCGAGUGUUUAUAUUUAGUGAACAAUUCUUGCAGGGACCACUUGAACAAACAGCGGCGAGGGAAAGCCGGAUCUUGUCGAAAAUCAGGAUCAGCAAUAUAAAAUAACACUUAAAAUUGAAGGCAAGGCUGAUGGGGCAGCUAAGGUUUGCAAAUGUAUUUGUCCAAUAUUUCGACUAGAUAAAACCAGCCUUCAUCAGGAGCUGGAAAAGAUAAGUGAGAAUAUAUCUAAUUAAUUCAGACAGGGACGGUAUCCGUAAGGCCCGCGAAGGAUUUUUAAUAUCUAAAGGCAAACACUUGAACCCUAUGGGAUGAACAGACGAGAUGAAAUUUUAUCUAUUGACAUAUUUUUAUGUAACCUCUUUAUACAACUUUUUGUCUAUUGUAUUCCUUCACCAAUCACAUUUUAUCUUUUUAUUUUUGUAUUAUUUUAUAUACUGUAACCUUUUAUUCUAUUCUCACUUAGCUUUCCCAGCCCCUGAUGAAGACUAUUUUUGUCUAGUCGAAAUAUUGGACAGAUAAAUUUGUAAAUCGAUUGUAGCUGUCCGAUCAGCCUUGCCUUCAAUUUUAAGUGUUUAUAUUUAGAGUGUCACACCGGUAUCACCCAUAUUCCUGGUUCCGGCCACCAACUUGCCAGAAUCUGAACUCUGCCCUCUUCAUGGUUGCGUUUUUUACGUUAGAAUCAAAUUUAGUUCUUAAGGCCUAAGCCAAACGUCGAACUUUUCAUGAGACGAACCAAACUUAGUGAGUUAAAAUUAAAUUUCGACGUCUGGCUCAGUUAAGGUCGUCUCACGAAUGAGUUUGGAUCGUUCAAAACGUUCUAUCCAUUUCAUUCAGGAUAGAACGUCUGAAGAUCGUCUCCGGGACAUCGAUCUUCACAUGCGGUGAACUAAACUAAUGAAUGAGAAAUUUGUACGAUACUGUAUAUUUAGCCUCGUUCGGGAAAAAACUUAUUACUGAACAUCCUGCGCUGGCUGGCUAAAACUGCUUUUCGGUCUGAUUCAGUUGAUCCGCCGAGAACCUGGGCUAUUUGAUCCAUUUGGUACUGGCCAUACCGCCGAGUUGGUACGUGUGCUUCAGUGUUAAGGUAUCAUUUGAUCCACCUUUGGUUGAUGUUGAAGCGUCUUUUCAUUACUCUGUUCAUUCCUUAGAAUUUUCUAAAUUGGAGGAUUCCUUCGAAGCCAAUGCCAGGACAAAAGGUGAAUGAUGCCAGUAAAGCAUUCUUGUAUUUAUCAGACGUGGAGACCCGACAGCGUUUUUACGACGACUAUGUGGGAAGAUUUAGUAAGUAGAGUGCUACAGUCCUAAUUAUUAUCAUUACAACCACCACCACCACCACCACCAUCAUCAUCAUCAUCAUCAUUAUCACUCUCAUUAUCAUAGACAUCAUUAUCAUUAUCACUUAUUGUUGUUAUUAUUAUUGUCAUCAUUUUCAUCGUCAUCAUUGUCAUUGAUAUUAUCGUCUACAUCGAUUAUCAUCAUCAUUUCCAUUAACACCAAUCAGUCAGCAGUCGCUGAUUUUCCGCUACAAACCUUUCUUUUUUAAAAAUAUCAGAUUCGGAGAAGACCGGUAAACUGUACCAGGACGUUUGCUGUUUGGUGCCUCGUUACCCGACGAGUAAGGACUGAACUUUAUUUUUGUAAAAUUAAUACUAUAUGACUUGUGUAACAUUGAGAUCAAUUCUACGGCUAUAACGGCAAUGAUUUCACCAUUUCUUAAUUGUAUUUAUAGCCUAUUAACAGGGGCACCCAACGAGAAAAUAGUUCAAAACCACUUAAAAAUGGCAUUGUUGAACAUAUUUUAGUUUAGUCCUGUUUAGUAUUUAAACAGUAGAUAAAGGCAUAUUUUUAUCCCCUAAAAAUGUUUCAUCUGUUCGGAUUUCCUAGCUGAAAGUCUAGUGAUUAAAUUAUUAAAUUAAAUUAUAGUGAUCAAAACUUACGUUUUCGAAAAUGUCAGCCAGAAAAAGGCUCCCGAAAAAUCUAGGUGACCUUUUUGGAGUAAAAAACCGUUAAAAAUGGGCAAUUAUACCAUUUGGGGAGGGGGCAGGGGUGGUUCGAAAAUCCUAGGAGAGGCAGGCAAGCAAGAAAUUUAACAACAAAUGUUCCGAAAAUUCUAGAUCUCAAAUCGUCUUGCGAACAGAUAUUUUCCAAAAAUUGUCGUUGGGUGAUGGGCCCCUGUAUUAAGUCGGUCUGAGAUAAACCACCUCAUGCUUUCCGUUGCCCCAUGUGAGAGAAUCCAGAACAGUCUACUCUUGGAUUCUGGAUUCCACACCAUGGAUUCCAGAUUCCAGGUACUGGAUUCUAGUAUUUGUCUGUGCAACUUGGAUUCUGGAUUCCAAAUGUUAGUGCUAUUUCGGAUCUGCUAUUCUCGUUCUCAGAGCCCGUCGUUUCUUUUAGUCACGCGGUCUUGAAACGAAGGGCUAGCCACUACAAAUUAAGCCGAGUGGCUCUGGGGAGGAGAGUGGGAUUCCUUGAGCUGUAUUCCGAAUUCUAAAGCCCAGGAUUAAGCAAAUAUUUUCCGGAUUCUACAAGCAAAAAUUUCCUGGAUUCAGGAAUCCGUAUUCUCUUACAUGAAUGGGGCGUCUAAUCGUCUAUGCAAGGUUUGCACGUUAUAAGAGCAUUAAAUCACCCUUUCCAGAUCAAGAGUCCACUGUAGGGUUCUUCAAUCCCGUUAUCCCGAAUCCCCUCAAUCCUGUAAUCCCGAUCGAGGCAUCUCGCAUCCGGGUGCAUACUUUCUGUCCCGAAUCCCGCCCCCAUUUUGCUUUGAAUUCCAGAAUCCUGCUGGCAGACUUCAUAAGGCAAAUCCCGCAUCUCGAAAAAGCCCAUUAGGGAAGCGUCUCAAGUCGAGCCGAGUUUUGAGCCUUGAUGACCACACUCCUUCAUUCCUAGUUUGGUUUUAUUAUUUGUUAACUUGAAAUUGCAAUUUUUUCUACAAUACGAUUUAUUUUCUGCAAUUUUCCUCCCUCGUCAGGGCCAAAAGUUACUCAACAACCUAUUUUUCAAGGUAAAAACAAUGUCAAAGCAGUACCCAGUUCACGUCCAAAAGUAAGUCCCUUGUUUCUAUUAAAAAAUGAAAUUUAUUUUAAAGACUUGUAACUUUGCUAUAUCUCUUAUCACCUGAAAGAUCUCAGUACAUUUCCCUUUGCCAAAAUAAAUAAAGCGUCAUUUGUUGUCAGAACAAUUCUCUACGGAAAACUGCAUAGAAGCUUAUAUCGUUAAUUGAAACUGCAUACUAACCAUGCGCCCACUUGCUUCUGCUUGUUUUUAAAAAUAAACUUAAAUAGUAUCAGGCCGGGGCUUAAACACCAAAACCACCCGGUUUCUCCAGCUAUAGGCUCUAAUAAAUUACUAAAUUUUCAUGUUAUCUUUGUCGUGUAAUAAUUCUAAAGGGGCUAAUAAAUAUUGUGGUAAUGUUGUGGUUGUUUGAUUCGAUAUUCCAGCCGUCAUUAUAUUACUAAAUACGUUUUUUCAGUUUCAAUUUGUUAUUUCCCAAUAUGUACAAUUUCUCUAUAAACCUUUGACCAAACAAACCCUUAAUUAUCAUAAUAACCCCUAUAUAAACAGUUAGCUGAUCCAAUACCAAUACCGUAAAAUUAUAUUCUGAAAAUAACCCCCGGAGGACUUUAUUAUUCAAGGCUUCUUUUAGGAGCCAAAUAUCCGACUGAAAUUAUUUUGGGCGGGCGUAAUUAUAGGAGGGAAAUUUGCCUUUCAGAAUCACCUUAACUUGGAGAGAAAAUAUAAAUAAUAGUAUUCGAGAACACAUCAGAGAUAAACUUUUAUUAUUUAAAAUGAAAUUUCGUACAUGCAAUCCAUCUUCAAGCGCCUGCUACAAACGCUAAAUAAUUAAGGUAAAAAAUAAUUAACCAAAAGCAUGGGUUCACCUGAAUAAUCGAUAUAUAUAAAUAUAUAUAUAUAUAUAUUGACUGACUGUAUACGGCAACUUAAGAUUCAUCAGUAGAACUGACUUAGCUUUUAGCCGGGGUUUAUAUUGUACAAUUGUAAUAUAAUCAAUGUGGGAUGACUGAUUCAUUUAUCAUGGGAGUCUAAUCUAAAAAUAAUACGUAUGGAAGGGCUUGUUAUAGAAGUCCUUUUCGAGUUUAUCAUCCCACGCAGACAUUAUUAGGCUUCGUCACGCGUCCUUCGACAAAGCCCUAAAAAUAUCUUGCCUGAGGAAAUAUUUUGUGUCCAAAUUUGGGGGAAUUAUAAUCAAAAUUUACUUUUCAGUGCAUUAUGACACCGUUAUGCAUGUCAAAGGACGUAGGGCAGACGUACGACAGUUUGGUAUCCCAGGCUUCAUCAGAGGGUAAGUCGAGGGGAAAAAAUUAUUAAAAAUAUUGUCUGAUGCGCUCUGACUUGAAAAAUAAGCUUGUGGCUAUUUUCCGAGUGUAGUUUAUCAGAGUAUAGCUAGAAGGCCAUAAUUUUUUCGCUGAUUUGAAAGACAAUCCACGAGGGAUGAAUGUUAGGUUAGAAAAAUGUCAAGGAUACUUUGCUUUUGGUUUUCAAAGUACAUAAAUACAACUACGAUAUUAUAAUGCUGACCAGAUCACCAGCUCGCACUUUCUCAACAAACCCUUGUUCCCAGGCUCCUUCUCAAGUUUGAAUUGUUGGAGAGAGAAACGGAAUUAACGUAUCAUCUAAUUUACGUGUUUAGGAGGAAUUACCAUGAAGGUCAGGUUCAUGUUCGCAAUUCCUCAGUUACUCAAAACGAGUAGAUAAAAACCGUCCAAAAUUCUGCUGAUAAAACUGGCAUGAAGAUGAGUUCGUUUUCUGUAGAUACAAAAUUGAGCAAUUUAUGACUACAAAUGAAAAGAAAAAUUGGACACGUCGUACAAAUUGACGUUUGCUUAGCUUUUUUUUAAGGUGAAUUAAUUCUACAUCUCUAAGAUAUAAAAACAAAUUUGCCUCCAGCUUAACUUCGCUUUUUUCUUCGGUAAUUUCUCUAAUGUGUUUUCAUCAAAAUGGGUACCAGCUAACCUUUUGAGUUGUACUUUUAAUUUUUAGAGAGACUGAUUGUGGAGAGUUGUUUAGACGCUGGUGAUCGAGGAUACUUGGGAAAGGUGAGGCAUUCUUAAUUUUUGAUUAGCCCCUAAAGAAGGGGAAAAUUUUAGGGGCGGCCGGACACGCUGCGGGGGCGCAAAUAGGCUGUCGUUGUUUACCAUUACCGUGUUUCCGGAAACUCGGAUCGGAAAUUAAAGGGCGUUUUCCGCCCAGGGGAAAAUUCCCAAAAGGCAGCGCAGCGUGAAGUUAAAAGUUAAAAUUAGUCCUACAUUGUAUUUUGCCGGUAGGAUAUUCCAAAUGGAAAUUUGUGACUCCUUCUUCAAAGCCAUCUUUGAUACCCGUUUCCAGGAGCCGUUCAGUUUCAGGCUUUGAUUCGCAGUGUUCGCGGCCGUUUUUCGGUGCAUGGAACUGAUUUUUAAACACGAUAAACGCAAUUCCCGGAAGAAAUUGACUAGUCCUGAAUUGUGCAUACCAUUUAACCAAACCGUGAGGGAAAAUCCCGCCGGCGGGAUUUUCCCUCUCACUUGUAAUUGACUUGUAUAUUCUCCCUUCUCGCGGAUCCGCCGCCAAAAGAAUCCAACACUCCCACGCUUAUCCCGCCAGCUGCGCAGGCUAUGCCCACUGCAAAGUUUCUACUUAAACAGUCCUUUUUGCUUCUUAAGCAUCUUUUCAUACACACGAAAUUUUCUAUCAGGAUUAUUUUGAUUUACAUAGUUUUUAUCAAAAUCGAACUGACAUUUGAUUAAUCGAUCACUUUAUCAGACACCUUACUAUUUAAGUGUUGGUUUCGCUUAUGGCUACUACAAGGUACGGAAAAACGGGCAACAAAAAACGUGCAACUUGCCUUGCAAAAUUGUUGCAAAACAAAUUGAAUAGCCAGCCUAGUCCCCAGGCGUUUUCGGCUCGGUCAUUCCUGGACUCUACCAUGAGCUGUGACGUCACCGAGAGAUACUCGUCGAGUUCGCGCGGACAACGGAUCAAGAAAGAAUACCUAGGGACUAGGCUGUUAAAUACCGAUGUUGCGCGUUUCACCAACCACACACAUUAUUCAGACCUGUUAACAACCUUAUUUGUUGCAAGAAAGAUUUGAUUUUUUGUUUGUGACAAGCUAAGAAAUUCAAUAAUACGACUUCAUAAUGACAUCACAUCAUGUCAUUGAACCUAGAUGUUGGAAAUGAUGAGUGCAUUAUUCUGGUAAUGUUAUUGGCUGUAUCAUGAGCGGUAUUAAAGUCAUGGGGGUGGGGUGGGGGGGGGGGGCGCUCAUCAGACGCGAGACGCAAAAAAGCGCUUUCUAAAUAGGGUUUACAAUGCUUUUUCUUUGCAGAGCUUGGCUCAUGCUAUACGACCUGAGGCCAUACCUGCUAUCCAUCGGUGGCUUAAACAUCAAAAUGGAACAGGUAAGCUUCAUUCCCGUUUUUUUUCGAUUUUCUGAUCCACGGCGCGGGAAAGGGACACUUUGUACAUUCCAACCCUAAAAUAGUAAAUUCAGGUUUGGCUAAGAAGGCCCGCACCCCUUUUUUCAGAUCGUGGUGUUGCAGUCGACUUUUUGAACAAGUUGAGCAGAGGCACGAAUCAAGGAGGCCUGGAGACGGAUAGAAAAUAUUACCGUCUGCAACAAAUUUGUGUUGAUAACAAAACAUCUCAGGAAGUUUCCAGGUGAGUUAUUUAUUUUUGAUGUUCAACUUUGAGUGCUCUGUUUUGUAGAAGCGACCAUUUGUUAAUCCACAUCAAUGGCACAUUUUAUCGGUCCAAAUGGCAACGUAAGCUUUAAAAGUUUUUAAAGGGGAAGUUCGCGCCAUCUAAGGUAAUUCAGAUUCCAGAAUCCACGGUGUAGGAUUCAGAAUCUAAGUUCCACUGAGAAAAGCUGGAAUCCAAUACCUGGAAUCCAGAACCCACGGCGUAUAAUGUCUCGGAUUCCUUACAUGGGACGGGAAAGUGAAGCGACAAAAGUUAGGUCUUGAAUUACACUUUCAAGUUGGUUCAUUUCAGUGGCCGCUAAAGAAAAACUGAAAUUAUUAACGCUCAAGAACAUUGUGCAUUCAUUAUGGCAUUAACACACGCCAAUCAGCCAAGGCGAGCUUCCAGAAUUUCGCUCAGAGCACAGAGUUCAAAUAUUUUAAGAUAUAAAGAAGAGCGGAAAAUUCUUAUGGUAAUGUCGUUUGGCAGGCAUUCUCGCUAGAUCUGGUAAUUACUCUAAACAAAUUUUAGCAAGGAGCACGCCCGCUCACAUUAUUCAGAAUGUGGUGAUUGCGGAGCGCUCGCGCGCGAAUCGAAGUGCGCAGCAGAGUACCACAAGUAAGGAAAUUGAGUUCUGACAAAAUUGUCCGUAGGUAUGUCAUGUUAGCGGAUAACUUUCCAAGGCGUAUGGAAAUACAAAUUUUGUUUAACCUGUAUUAGACAUCGGCCAUAUUAUGUAAUUGACGGUUGUCAAAAUAGGGUAUCCCCUGACCAGUGUCACAUGACUGUAUCGCGGGCUGUUAUUUACAACUCAUUGAGGUAACGCGUUUUUUUUAAAGUUCUUCACUGACCAGUUAUAUUACAGCAUUUAAGUGAUCACAGUCUCAGCAAAACUUUAGUUCAGAAAUAAAUUUCUUAAAAGUUCAGACGACAGCUUGGCUUUUGGCGUAAAUCUAUAUAUUAUUCCAAAUAACAUGAGAGAAAUCACUAAACUGUUUUUCCUCCAGGGCUGGCCGUAAUGCAAUCAUGGAUCAAGUCCGCCAGAUGUUGAUAAACGAACCCGGCCCAACUGAACGCCGAAGACCUAUAAAAGUUCCACUCCUAAAGAAAAACAAGAAAACUUCACGAUUCCCAAUGUGCCCCCCUCGAGGAUUUGUCAUUAACAAGAAUGCACUGUUCAUGCAACCUCAUCGCUGCCUUCCGAGGCAUUUUGAGAUUCACCCUGAGUUUCAUGGAAUUACUACCAAGUAA